AUGGUGGUGGGCGCGUUCCCUAUGGCGAAGCUGCUCUACCUGGGCAUCCGGCAAGUCAGCAAGCCACUCGCCAACCGCAUUAAGGAAGGAGCCCGCCGAAGUGAGUUCUUCAAGAACUAUGUCUGCCUCCCACCGGCCCAGUUGUACCACUGGGUGGAGAUGCGGACCAAGAUGCGCAUCAUGGGCUUCCGGGGCACAGCCAUCAAGCCGCUGAACGAGGAGGCUGCGGCCGAGCUGGGCGCCGAGCUGCUGGGCGAGGCCACCAUCUUCAUUGUGGGCGGUGGCUGCCUGGUGCUGGAGUACUGGCGCCACCAGUCGCAACAGCGCAACAAGGAGGAGGAGCAGCGCGCAGCCUGGAACUCGCUGCUGGACGAGGUGGGCCGCCUGGCCCUCGCCCUGGAUGCCCUGCAGACGCAGGUCCAGGCCCUGCCCUCGCCGAGCGCUCUGGAGGAGCUGCAGGUACAGCUGCAGGAAGUGCAGGCCCAGCUCUGCGCCCCCGACGGACCUCCCUCCGCACAGAAGUCCUCGGCCACCCGGGCAGCACCUAGCACCCAAGCCGAAGCCAUGCGGGAGAAGUAG